CUCCGAACGUCACCUUCCCUCCCCUUAGCAACAGAGGCAACAUGGCGGCGUCCAGUAACGCGGAGCAUUCUCCGGAGGUAUCGACGCCGUUAAAGAUACCGAAAACCGAGGUGCCAUCCCCCGAGUCGGAAGACUUGAGUGACAGCAAUCAAUACCACUCCGAUCCCUCGACACCUAACCGCUUCUCGCCUUUGAACGUGGGCACGGGGUCCGCGGGCCGGACGGCGGCCUCGUCCUCCUCCAACAGCUUCACGGCUUGCCGAGGGAUGUCGUGGACGCCGUCCGAGACUAACGCCCUCAUCGCGGUGUGGGGUAACGAGAGGCUGACGGAGGCGAGGAUGCAGCAGCUUGAGGUCGCCGGCACCGUGUUCUCCGGGAAGGCCCCCGGCCCUGCAAUGUACGAGCGGGUGUCCAGAGCCCUGGCUGAGCUGGGAUACGAGAGGACCCCGUCCCAGUGCAGGGAGAGGAUGAAGACGCUGCGCCGCUGCUACAGCCGUGUGAAGGAGCAUGGCAUAGGCAAAAGGAAGAGCAGCUACACUAUAGAGCAGCUAGAGAAGGUGUUCGGUCAGGGAGGCUGGGACUCCCAGAGCUGUGCCCCUGUGCUGAUCAACAGCAGUGGGUUGUAUCAGGAAAUGGAGUCUGACGGCAGCACUCUGGAAGAUUUCUCCCAGGAGGACUGGUGCAACCAGGUGCUGGACUCAGCUUUCCAGGAGGGAGACAUGGAUACUGAGGAAAUCCAGGUGCCUAAAAACAGAGCUCUACAGAUUCAAGCAGAGCUGUCAGAACAAACACAAAAAAGGGACAUGAUGCAGACUGUGAUACGUAUCCUUGAGUCAGUGCAGCUCAAAUGGGAGCACUUCCAGACGUGGACCGAGUUCUCACGGCUGCACCUCUCAAACAAGCUGGCCAUCUUCGGUGUGGGCUACAAUACGCGCUGGCGCGAGGAUGUGCGUUACCAUUACGCUGAAAUCAGCUCGCAAGUGCCACUGGGCAAGAGGCUCCGCGAGUACUUCAACCCAGAGAAGCCAGAGGGCCGCGUUAUCAUGACCAAAGUUCAGAAGAUGAAUUGGAAGAAUGUCUACUACAAGUUCCUGGACAUCACCAUCAGCGAGGCACGGUGCCUGGAGUUGCACAUGGAGGUGGACUGGGUCUCUGUGUGUUUGUCCAGGGCGGCAGGCUGCAGCAAAGGCACAUCCCACUACCUCCUUCCAGGGGACCUCCCCAAGGCAUAUGGACUAUACGCAAUUGGCUACGAGGCAGUGCUGUCUUCUAAUGAUGUCACUCACUUCUCUCCCCAUGCGGAUAGUGAAGACCACAGUUUACAUCAAUGCAGUUCAGAGAACGGGGCUCAAAGUCAGUCCGACGGAGAAGCAGUAGGGCAGAGUGACCGGACUGGGGCAAAAGUCACUUACUGCUACUUAGGCAUAGCUGAGGACAGGACCAUACAGCAGUGUCUCUUUCAGCACUUUCAGGGCUCCGGUAAACACUACGCCCACAGCGAACCCUCCGCUGUGACACGCUUCCUGCAGGAGAACUGUCGCAGCGGCGGAACAAGUCAGGACAACGGGGAAGGUGAAGACUCACCUCGCUGUUUUGCCAUUUACAUAAAAUUCAUUGAGGUGGAGCUGGACUUCCUCUCAGCAGGCUCCCUGGUGGAAUGCCUCGAAACUGCUGUCGGCUAUUCCUUGAAAUACAACAUCAGAGACAUGUCGUAACUACCACUCAGUGUUUCAGGUUCGUCAUAAUUAAAAAUCUAACAAAUGUUACAGCCAUCAAGGCAUCAAGAAAGUUUUCUCUGUUAUAAAGCAUGGAUGUGUGUAAGACUCUGGCAUAUUUCUAGGGCUGCAACAAAUGGUUAUUUUGAUUAUAGAGUCAUUUGCUAAUUAUAUUCCCAGUGAAUUUUGACUGCAAAAUGACUAUCGCAAGUAAAAUGUGCCCAGUGUAAUCCCCCUAAGAUGAGAAGAUGUAUUCAAGUUGCUUGAUUGAACAUUUAACAUUUAAAAUGCAAAAAGUCUUAUGUUAACAAUCAGAUUUUGGAAAUCUUGCAUGAUACGAAUAUUAGCACUAACUACCAGCCAAAAUCUGGCAACACAUUUAAUGGCUGGUACAUUUCAGACAAAAAUAUUAUGAUUUUUUAUCAGAUCGCUGAUGAUUUUGAACAUUUCUUUUUUGCCAGUGACUCGUCGACGUUCACAUGUUUGUGACUCUCGCACCCCUCUGACCUUCAUUAAGCCCAAAAAGAAUGAUAAUUCACAAUAUUUGCAAAUAUAUUGUGUACAAUUGUGGCAGCUUCAAGCUUAAACUAUUAGCUACGCCAUCCAAGACGUAUGUACUUGUAAUUUUAGGCUAAUGUGCACUACAAAGGUUCUGCUGCUUGGUUUAGUGUAAAUAAAUAUUGCCUCAUCAGGGAGCGUGGGGUUGGCAAGGUGACUACUGCAGUAUGCAUCCGUCUACCUCAGUAGGAUGUAGCAAACAAGGCAGUGUGGGGACCACGGUGUGUAUUUAUUCUGAAACUGCCUUCAUUUUGACUGUUGAUGUCUGGACCUGAACUCACUAAGAUUCAAUGGCGGAUUUACGCCUUACGUUUUGCACGGCAUGCAGCUAGGGAUGCUUCCAUGACAGAUACGGACAAAGAAUCAGUGUUCGCUAGCACAGUGCAGAUGAUAUUGCCCUUUGUGUACGCCAGUGUUUCAAUAUGGAAUAGAAAGUGUUUAUACCGACAAUUUCUGGUGGUAUCAUGACGUCUAGUCGAGAAGCUCGGAUAAAUGUUGACUUCAUCUUAUCCACUAUCCCCAGUACUCACGGCAUGUACAGUGGCUAAGCUACCAUGGAAAACAACUCUAAUCUCUGCCACCUGCUAAUUAUCAGCAACCAUACGUUGCGCCCAUACGACCUGCUGGCACGACCAAAUGGAGCACGCUUUUUAAGCUGUGUAUAUAGCUCUACUGCUGACUCAUGCAUUGUCCCUUGUUGGUCUAAUGCACACUGAAAUGUUCAUGUACACCGAUCAGGCAUAACAUUAUGACCACUGUCAGUAGAAGUUAACAACAUCGACCAUGUUGUGAGAAUACAGAAUUUUGGAUCUGGCAUCCUUUCAUGUGGAUGUUACUUAGGGUUAGGGUUAGGCGUUAGUGCCACACACCUGGACCAGACCAAGUACCCCCUACCCCAUAGCAAUGACAUUCCUUAAUGGUAGCAACCAUCCCCAGCAGGGUGCAGUCUGACACACACAAAAACAGUUGAGAAACAGCUAAAAAAUCUGUGGGAUGAUCCGUAGAGGCCCCUCCCCUCCAUCCAUAGGAUCCGAAAUCCACCACUAUAACAACAUUCUGUUGCCAGAUGCCUCAGAAGGCCCAUGUCCAUUCUCCUGAUGAGUCACAGCUGAUUUGGAGUAAUAAAAGAGGCCUACACAAUAUUAGGAAGAUGGUCAUAAUGUUGUGUCAUAGAAGUGUGUGGGAUGUUGCUCCAGAAGGACAAAAAUCUUUUUUUCUACAACACCAAGUUUUGUUGUUGCUGGAUAUUCCAAGAUAGUCAGACCACUAAGACACUAAAUUUAGAUGAAUUUGUGCCCUGGUAUCAGCCAAAAUGAUAAUCAAACGAUAAUACAGAGGAAUGUAAAUAUAUACUGUGAGUCAGUGUGUUUUGUGCGUAUGGUCAGUAGUUUGGGGCAUCUCUAGCUGCAGCCAUGGAGUUGUGGGUACGUGCAAACGGACAACACGGACUGUAUUGAUGAGAUACUAGCACCUCCCUCAUACUGGUAUUCCAAAUACAAUACACCCAAAACCUUGCCUGUGUUUGUGAUCAUCUGUUUGCUUACUGUUAACCAGACACAGGAGCUCUGAUCUAGAACUCCUAGUCAGGCCAAGACUAUAAAUAGACUGCGAAUGGUCGAUUCAUCCUUGACCUUGAAUCUAACUAAAUCAUUUAUGAACGUGAUUCCUGAGGUUAUGUGCAAUGUGCCAGGAAGGGACCGUGUAGAAAAGAAACAAGGGGUACGUCCAUACUGAAUCUAUGUAUAUUAAAUCUACCUUAUAUGACUAUAAUAUAUGAAUAUAUUUAAGAAUAUCAAUGUUCUUGAGCAUUCCGGCUUUUGCAAACUUGCAAUGUUCAUUUGUUUGGGUAUACAGUAUAUAAAGAUAAAUAUGAUAUUUUCUAUUUUAUUGGUUGAGACCAUGUCUGGUAUGUGAUUGUUUCAAAGUCACGUCUUGUAUGUUUACAUGUUUAAAAAACAAUAAACAGUGCACUCAGUGUCGUUUGA